AUGAAUGACACGUUGACCUCAGAUGUCGUUGGUCGCCGAGUUUCCGUCAACGGAGAAUGUGCCACGGUCCGUUUCCAUGGCGCCGUCCCUCCUGUGGCUGGACUCUGGCUGGGAGUGGAAUGGGACAAUCCCGCGAGAGGCAAGCACGACGGGAGCCACGAGGGGACUGUGUAUUUCAGAUGCAGCCACCCGACAGGAGGCUCCUUCAUCCGCCCUCACAAAGCCAACUUCGGAGUGGACUUCCUCACCGCGCUCAGGGACCGCUACGAAGACGAGCCGGAGGAGGAUGUGAAAAAGCAGAUUGUCACCAUCGGGAACAUCCCCGUGGAAACCAUCGGCUUCGGCUCCGUCAUAAGAAAGCAGAGUCAGCUGAGCAAGCUACGCGACAUCUCCCUGAGGGGCUGCGCCGUGAGCUGUGCUGGUGACAAAGGAGACAUUGCCAGCGCGUGUCCCAACAUCAGCGUCGUCAACUUGUCACAGAACCUGCUGUCAGCGUGGGAGGAAGUCACCGCCAUCGCUGAGCAGCUCAGACACCUAGAGGUCCUUGAUCUCAGUGACAACAAGCUGCGGUUCCCCCCGGCCUCGCCCGCCCCUACCACCGGCUCGUUCUCCGCACUGAAGGUCCUAGUCCUCAACAGCACGGGCGUCACGUGGGCCGAGGUGCUCCACUGUGCCCAGGACUGGCCGGCCCUUGAGGAGCUGUACCUCAAGUCCAACGGCAUUUCCAUCUCAGAAAGGCCUGCUGACGUCCUCCAGUUGCUCAGGACACUAGACCUUUCCUCUAACCAGGCCAUUGAUGAAAACCAGCUGUUUCUCAUCGCGUAUCUGCCCAGGUUAGAACGACUCAUCCUUAGCGACGUCGGGAUUUCUUCUCUCCAUUUCCCGGAUGCCGAGGCUGGGUCCAAAACAGCAAUGUUCCCGGCCUUGCAGUCUCUGGUCCUGGACGACAAUCGGAUAUCGCAAUGGUCCUUCAUCAACGAGCUGGACAAGCUGCGGAGCCUGCACUCGCUGUCGUGCCUCAGGAACCCCCUGACCGUGGGCAGCGCGGCCAGGACCAGCCUGCAGUUCAUCAUCGCCAAGAUCGGCCAGCUGCGGACCCUCAACCGAUGCGAGAUCCGCCCCGAGGAGCGGCGCGGGGCCGAGCUGGACUACCGCAAGGCGUUCGGGAAGGAGUGGAAGGAGGCGGGCGGGCACCAGGACCCCGACCAGGACAGGCCCAGCGCGGCGUUCCUGGCCGCCCACCCCCGCUACCAGGCCCUCUGCCGCAAAUACGGCGCGCCUGAAGAUGGGGAGCUCAAAACACAGCAACCAUUUUUGCUCAAAAACCAGCUGCUAACGCUGAAGAUCAGCUGUCCUGACCGUCCCAACCACAGCGCCCUGGAGAGACAGCUGCCAGAUUCCAUGACGGUUCAGAAGGUGAAAGGGCUGCUGUCCCGCCUCCUCAAGGUCCCCGUGUCGGACCUGCUGCUGGCCUACGAAAGCCCCAAGAUGCCGGGCAGAGAGAUUGAGCUGGAGAACGACCAGCAGUCCUUGCAGUUCUACUCUGUGGAAAGCGGAGACCGUCUGCUAGUGCGAUGGUGA